CUUCAAUGGAUUUGCUUGACCUUGCCAGUCGAGUUGAAUAGUGGGCGCAAGGUAUUAAAGUGGGUCUCUUUCGUCGUUGGUUCCUCCUAAGGUGCUCAACACUGCAUUCAAGCCAAAGGUUUUUUUAUCGAUUAAGCUAUUCUGAGAUUAUAGUCAGAAGCCUUUCGCUCGUGCCUGGAAAUCUCGAGUAAAACCUAGAAUAUCCACUAUCGUAUAACACCAAAAGAGGGUAGAGACUUGGAAAUCGCACAUCAAGCAUUGGGCAGUGAUGGCCAAACUCUUACAAGAUGAUCCCGCGACUGAUGUCGAGAAAAAUCCAAGUCAACAUGAAGUGGCCGCGCAACUACUUCAACCAGGUCAGAUCAAAUCGGAUUUGGCCCUUCCAUACCAAACUCAGGCCUCAAUCGAGAGUGACCUGAGCCAGAACAAGAAACCUUGGCAAAUAGUGACAUUGGGGAUUUGUUGAGUGAUGGCUGCCAAUUGUAUUACUGUGGCAAACAACUAUGCUGUGACAAUAUUCACCAUCGAAUCGGUGGAGUUCCUGUUCAUCCGAACCCCGUUACAAAUGUUGAUUUGCGGUGGGAUUGCCGGAAUGUUGGGCAAUCGUUUCGUGCCUUCCUCAUGCAUGGGCAAGAUUCUUGUGGCCUCGGUCAGUUUUGCAUGGGCCUUUGCCAUUUUCUUUGCCGUGACUGCGGUCCGACUUUUACCCGUGGGCGAAUUCGUGGUAUUGGUCUACACAAGUCCAAUUAUGACCGUGAUUUGCUCGGCGAUUCUACUGAAAACAAAGCCAAGUAUCUUGAAGGCUCUCCUUUUGAUCGUGCUAUUGGUUGGGACAAUCCUGGUGGUUCAACCCCCGAUCUUGUUCCAAAAAGAACACUCAGAACCAAGUGGAACGAAGACUCCUAAUGUAAAAAACCAGACCCUGUCUACUAAUGAGUACAAAGAACUCGUGGCCAAGCUCUCGAUUCUGGAGGAUGAUGAAACGGUUGGACAUCUACAAGAGAUCUACCCUCACUAUUGGAUGGGCGUGAUCAUGAGUUUGGGUUGUUCUUUUUGCGUUGGAAUUGGUCACGUUCUGGUCGCCAAGAAUGAAGAAGUGACUGUUCUCGUUCUCAACUUUUAUGUGGGACUCUUCUCAGGCAUCAUAGCCCUAAUUUGUUCAUUCAGUCAUAUGGAGAAUCGCAUAUUCACCGAAAUUUCGGCAAUCUCAACCGACCAAUGGAUCGUGAUGGUGGUAUUCAGUAUUUUGGUCCUGGCCUCAAUGCAACUCAUAUUCUUGGCCAAUAAGUUGGCCACACCCACUCUCACGGCCAUGUUUCGGAGCAUGGAGAUCGUGAUCACCUUGAUCAUGGAUGUGGUCUUAUUCAAUGAUGUUCCAGGAUGGCUGUCCUUGCUUGGAACGUGUCUAGUUUUGACAAGUGUGCUCAUGAUGCCUUUUCUGGAUCAUGUCAUAGCUCAACUCUCGAUUAAAAUCAGAUCCUGGACGAGAAGAUCCAGUGUUCCUGUCAAAUUGUCAGAGUCAGACGACAAUCCAUUCUAGAUGUGUUUUUUCAAUCGAAAAGGCUCUCCGCAAGGCAACCAACCUUGCGCCCCAUCAGAUCAUUCACAACCCUGAAUUGUCAGAAGAAAGUGAUUCAGUUGACUAAAACCUGAUUUCAUGUGUACAUUUUGUACUCUAAGAUGAUGAACCAGCAACGCACGAAUGUAAACAAAAUGAAUGAAUGAAAUGCCAUUGUCUAUGAAAAUGAAAAACAUCAUGGAAGCAAAAUGCGAUCCUCGGACAUUUACUCGCGUUUUUU